AUGCCAACUUCGUUACCACCGCACCUUGAGGCCCAAACCCUAGAGACCGCUCUCCCCAAACAGCAUCCCCAACCCCCAUUUAGUAUCACACAACAUACCGCGAAUAUGGAAGCUGAAAUAACAGCUUCCCCGGCGUCUCGUCUCUCGCAGGAGUGCUGCAGCUCUACCAAUGAUCCACCUUCCAGCUGGUUGAUAUCAAGCCCUCCCGUCAAGGCCGAAAGCGAAGAUGAAGACGGGGCCGAAUUUAUAUCAGAAGCAGACUCAGACUCUAUUGAGCUUUUCCUUGAAGCUGGAGAUAGCUUUGCCAAACCCUUUAACAUGUCAUUCAUGUCAGUAGCUAGCGAUGACCUAGCCGACGACCUUGACGAUGGGAAAGUGAUGCCCCUUCUGAUCGCUGCAUAUGAUAUGAUCUGCCCAAACGAACUUCAGCGAGGGAUUAAUGAGGGGACAAUUAGCCUCCUUGGGUCAGAGUCGAAUUUUGAUGAAGUUGAUGAUGAAGACGACGACGAUAGCUAUUUUCUUGAAUGCUAUUCGCAGUUAGAUGGCGCUGAAGUGCUAUUCAAAGGUGACGAUCUGGAGGAAUACAAAAAGGCUCCCGGUGGCCGUAGGAAAAAGCCCUUUGUCGAGGGUAUAUUUAGUUGGAUGAAGCGGGUUCCUAGCAAUGAUGAGAAUGAGCUGGCAAUUUCAUCGUCUGAGAAUCCGUCUGAGAAUCCGUCUGAGAAUCCGUCUGAGAAGGAACCAUUGCCUGCAGACCGUGAUCUGAAACGAAAGUUGGCAUUCAGCGACCUGCAUCUUGCAUAUGAGACUACUGAUGAAGAGAGCGUUUAUUAG